AUGGCGCCGUCAACCGCCGUCUUGGCGGCCGCGGGCUGCUUCGCCGUCGCCUCGGCCCUCCACGCGCAGUCCUUCCCCGGCGCCAGCGUCGGCCACGGCUUCAUCUCCAUCCCCGUAUCGGCCGACAGGCGCGCGGCGGUCCUGGCCAAGCGGGACGGGUCCGGCUACUCCGACGUCUCCAUCCAGAACCUCCACAUCUCGGGCUACACCAUCCAGAUCGAGAUCGGCACGCCGCCGCAGACCCUGGACGUGGCCGUCGACACGGGCUCGGUCGAGCUGUGGGUCAACCCCAACUGCGACCGGUCGUCGCUGGCCAAGAACGAGACGGUCAACGGCCAGACGAUCACGUACGGCGACAGCGUGCUGACGGACCCGGCCGAGUGUCGCAAGCGCGGCCGGUACGACGCGUCCAAGUCGUCGACGGUCGGCGACCCCAAGAUACCGAGCCAAUUUAUUGUCUACGGCGGCCAGACGACGGCCAACAUCGACUACGUGUCGGACAAAAUCUCCAUCGGCGGCCUCAGCGUCGACAGCCAGAUCUUCGGCGCCGCCACAGACUCCAACCAGACGGGCAUCGGCAUCAUGGGCUUCGGCCCCGCCCGCGGCGGCUAUAACAACUCGGGCACCUACCCGCUGUUCCUGACCCAACUGGCCAAGAGUGGCGCCAUCGCGAGCCCCGCCUUCAGCCUCGACCUGCGCGACCUGGACAACGCGACCGGGUCCAUCGUCUUUGGCGGUGUUGACAAGAAGAAGUACAUGGGCGCGCUGGCCACGAUCCCCUUCCAGACCGUGUCGAGGAAGUACUCCAACAGCGACAGCACGUACGAGGAGCACAGCUACUACCUAACCGUCAAAUCCAUGACCCUGGUGCGGCCUGACGGCUCGACCAAGGGCUACGACAUCGGCGGCAGCUUCCUGACGUCGCUCGACUGCGGGUCGGCCAACAACUUGCUGCCAGUCGGCGUGGCGAGCGCCAUCUGCAGCGACCUCAACGGCACGGUGACCGACUCGGUGGGCUCGUGCAGCGUCGACUGCGCAGCGCGCCAGCGCCCCGGCGGCGUCACCUUCGGCCUCGACGGCAAGGACAUCCUGCUGUCGUACGAGAACAUGAUCGAGGAGUUCGCCGGCUCCAACGGCCAACCCUCGACGUGCGUCGUGCGGAACAGUGAUAAUGUCGCGUUUGUGAAUCCGUUUACCGGGAUUCUGGGAGCGCCCUUCCUGCGGUCCUCGUAUGCCGUCUUCGACUGGGGCAACAGCAACCUGCACAUCGCCCAGGCCGCCGACUGCGGUACCAACAUCGUCGCCAUCGGCAACGGCACCAACUCGGUUCCGUCGGGCAACUCGGACUGCACGUCACCGGCCGCCAGGUUUGUUGCCAAGUUCGGUCUGGCCCUUGGCGUGGCUGUGCUCAGCGGCUUUGCGCUCCUCUAA